AUCAAAAAACAAAAUUUUCCUCGACUCAUCGCAGCAACCUCUGCGUUGGUCUUACGAUCAUUCUCGAGCGGUUUCUUGAAGCAAGUGCAUCGUUUUCUCACUUUCGUCCUCCCCGGUCCUUCUCGACACCAAAGAAUCCUUUCAAGUACACAAACAGGAAUCGGAUUCUAGUCCGACGGAAGCGUGCACCGGCAGCCGGCACGAUGCUAAUUAAAUCAGCGAUUGCUUUGAUCGCCCUGGUCGCAGUGGCCCAGGCCGACUUGGUUAGAGUUCAGCUGCACAAGACCGAUUCGGCGCGGACGCAUUUCAGAAAUGUUGACACCGAGGUCAAGCAACUGCGCCUUAAGUACAGCAACUACGGCGGACCGGCCCCCGAGCCGCUGUCCAACUACAUGGAUGCUCAAUACUUUGGCGCCAUCACGAUCGGAACGCCGCCGCAGAGCUUCAAGGUAGUGUUCGACACCGGUUCCUCGAACCUGUGGGUCCCGUCGAAGGAGUGCUCCUUCACGAACAUCGCUUGCCUCAUGCACAACAAGUACAACGCCAAGAAGUCGUCGACGUUCGAGAAGAACGGCACCGCUUUUGCCAUCCAGUACGGUUCGGGUAGCCUGUCCGGAUAUCUGUCCACGGACACCGUCACCGUCGGCGGCGUAGCCAUCCAGAAGCAAACCUUUGCCGAAGCCAUCAACGAACCUGGGCUGGUCUUUGUGGCGGCCAAGUUUGAUGGAAUCCUCGGACUCGGCUACAGCUCGAUCUCCGUCGACGGAGUCGUCCCGCCCUUCUACAACAUGUACAACCAGGGUCUGAUCGAUUCGCCCGUCUUCUCGUUCUACCUGAACCGUGACCCGAGCGCCGCCGAAGGAGGCGAAAUCAUCUUCGGAGGCUCCGACUCGGCCAAGUACACCGGUGACUUCACGUACCUCCCCGUCGACCGUAAGGCCUACUGGCAGUUCAAGAUGGACUCGGUCAAGGUGGGCGACACCGAGUUCUGCAACAACGGCUGCGAGGCCAUCGCCGACACCGGCACCAGUCUGAUCGCCGGCCCCACCUCGGAAGUGACCGCCAUCAACAAGGCCAUCGGCGGAACGCCCAUCAUCAACGGUGAAUACAUGGUCGACUGCUCGCUGAUCCCGAAACUGCCCAAAAUCAAGUUCGUGCUCGGCGGCAAGGAGUUCGAGCUGGAGGGCGCCGACUACAUCCUGCGCAUCGCCCAGAUGGGCAAAACGAUCUGCCUGUCCGGCUUCAUGGGCAUCGACAUCCCGCCGCCGAACGGUCCGCUGUGGAUCCUGGGUGACGUGUUCAUCGGCAAAUACUACACCGAGUUCGACAUGGGCAACGACCGGGUUGGCUUCGCUACGGCCAUCUAAGAGCGGCAGCUUCCAAAGUUUCACUAUCUCAUACCACGCUAAAAAAAUCUUUAAAAUGUGACUAAAUUUCGUUCUUUUCAGCUAGCAAGUUCUUACCGUUCAGGACUCUUUUCGAAUUCAGCGAUUGGAAACAAAUAAAGCAGUUUAUCGUA